AUGCUCCCAUCUCGGUUCUCCGCUGAUCUGACCUUGAUACUUUUCUUGCUGGUUCCCAUCCCAUCAGGCAAAGCAGAUACUCUCUCAGAAACCGCCUUUGAAACCGCUCGCCGCGAGGCCUGCGAAGAGAUUGGUCUCGCCGGCAUCCAUCAGCCUCUCCCGGCACCCUUUUCCGUGGAACAUCUCUGCGAACUCCCGGCCAACCUGGCCAAAACAGAGCUGGUGGUGCGACCCUGCGUGGCGCUUCUGCAUUCGUUUGACCCGGCAACGGGAAUCAAUGCUGAUCCAGAGACGGAGCUGAUUCCUCGACUGGAUGCCCGGGAAGUUGCGGCGGUGUUUACUGCGCGAUUGAUGAUUUCUUACGAUUGCAAAACUCCGAGGGCGAGGAGAAGGAGAUUGGUACAAGGGCUCGUGGAGUCUGUGGCAUAA